CGCAAAGCCUCAUUUAUUCCCCUCUCCGCCCGACCUCCUUAACGCCCUUUCGGACGUUUCCACCAGCACCCGACGAUUGUAGCUGGCAGCCGCCAGCCCCUACAAGCUUUCCCACCCGUGGGCCUUCUCUACUCAGGCGAGCACCGCAUUGCUUGUCUGAGCGGCAGAUUGUGCUUCACUGCCAAUAAGCCAGUCAACUGCUACUCGUCGAAGACCAAUCCAUACCAAAGCUAGCCGAACGGUGUACUUGCAUGUCAAUGGAACAAGAGAUGGUCGGCACUAUCGAUAUUCCUAAGCACUACACUGCGUCUCCGUCGUCGCACAUUGGCACUCCGCAUCUGACGAUCAAUAAGGAGGCUACUGUCGACCUGGACUCAACUAAUGCUUUUGAAGGUCCCGAGAAACUCCUAGAAGUAUGGUUCAGCGGCUCUGCCACCGACCUGCCUGGUCAGGCCGGUCCGCUAGGACUCAAGGCCGUGUCCGCUGAUGUCUGGAAGGAAAUGCUCGAUCUCGUCAACUGCAAGGUCCUUUCCGUCAUCGAGUCUGAGCAUGUCGAUGCGUACCUCCUCUCGGAGUCGAGCUUUUUCGUGUUCCCGCACAAAGUGGUGCUCAAGACUUGUGGCACGACAACCCUCCUGUUGGGCCUGCCUCGCCUUUUGGAGAUCGCAGCUCUCGAAGCAGGCUUCCCGCAUGUGGCUCCUCAGCCCAGCAAGGGUAUCGCCACUGCUGCCACUCCGUACCGCGUCUUUUAUAGCAGGAAGAAUUUCCUGUAUCCGGACCAGCAGCGUGGACCUCACCGCAGCUGGCGCGACGAAGUCGCCUACUUGGACCAGCGAUUCCAGGGUGGAAGUGCUUACAUGAUCGGCAAGAUGAAUGGCGAACACUGGUACCUCUACAUCACUGGUCCUGACACGACGUUGACUCCGCCACCUAGUCCGGGACGAGAGAUUGUCGAGACGGAGACCAAGGUCAUGAGCUACCCCCAGAAGCUGCUUCCUGAGACCAUGACGGACGAAGAAGAAGACGAGACGCUGGAGAUUCUCAUGACUGACCUCGAUGAGAAGAACGCCCGUCAGUUCUAUCUCGAGGACGCGAGUGCGGUCGCGGAAGGUCGAUUUCUCCAGAAGGCCCGCGAGGCUCGCAAGAAUGCCAUCUCAUCCCUCGGCUCGAUUCCAGAGGAGCACCCCGAGAGUCUGGGCGGUUCCACGGUCCUGAACACGAACCACACAGACUCGUCGUUUGAUGUUUUUGAGCAGACCUCUUCCGACCAUUCUGGCUUCAACUCGGACGAGGAUGACCCUCUCACCUUCCCGGAGGAGCUGACCACCGAGGGUCAUACCCUGGGAACGGUCGUCUCCGAGACUUGUGGCUUGGCCGAUGUUUAUCCUACCUCGAAGUACCCCGAUGCCCGCAUCGACGCGUACCUCUUCACGCCCUGUGGCUUCUCGGCCAACGGCGUCAUCCCGGCUCCAGGGGGCGCUCCAGUGGGCACCAAGAAGGGCUCCGAUGCCACGCACUACUUCACGGUGCAUGUCACGCCCGAGCCCCAGUGCUCUUACGCGUCGUUCGAGACCAACGUUCCCGCACACCAGUGCGGUCGCGAGACCUCGGACAUCGUGGACCACGUGGUGGGUAUUUUCAAGCCAGGACGCUUCAGUGUUACCUUGUUUGAAGCCAAGCCUUCGGAGGAUGUUGCUUCUGGUGCGAAGACGGCAAAGAAGAGCAAGAACAUGGAUGCGAUCAAGGGGUAUAAGAGGGUCGACCGUAUCGUGCAUGAUUUGGAUGGCUAUGAUCUAGUCUUCAGGUACUACGAGAGGGACGACUGGACGGGCGGAAAGCCGAGACUUGGGGAGGUGUUGUAGGGGAUUUAAUUUUGGGGGAGCGUGAAUAACCUUGCUGGGACUAAAAGUGCCUG